UUUCAUACACAUAUGUCGUCGAAUCUCCGACUGAGAAUCAUUCUGCUAGCUGUGCUGGUGCUCUUGGCAAUGCAUACCGCUACAGCCAACUCUCGACCGCCACGCAACAAUGACAUCAGCAGUAUGGCCGAUGCACUCAAAUACUUACAAGACCUGGACACAUAUUACGGCGAACGCUCUCGAGCCAGGUUUGGUAAGCGUACGCCGCUACUAUUGAUGUUACGACAACGAUUGCUGGAAACUCCUGAUCAGGCACAUGUCAAUGAUAAUCCAUCAGCUGAUGAACCUUUUUAAAACUGAUGCGAUAUAAACUCAAUUACAAACAUAAAUUUACGUU